AUGGCCUUUCUGUCAAAUGCCAUCAUCGCCCUCGUGGUCCUUGCCACCUCCGCUCUCCUUCUUCCACGGUUAGCGGGGACUUUGCUCGGGUUAGUGUUUCGCAGUGCAGGCUGGCUGAUCCGCCGACGGACACGAUCGCGUCGGGAAUAUGUUAUCGCGCGGGCGCGAAUUGAAGAAGAUGAUUACCGGGCUCCACGGGCAAAGCGUUCUACGAACUCCCUAGCUCGGAGCCAGGCCGAGGAUGAGGAUUGGGAGAAGGUUGAUAGCUCUGGUGGGGCGAAGACUUCAAGUAGCAGUGAGAGCGGGGAAGGAUCUAAGAACGAAGGCGUCAGUUCUGAUGACUGGGAUGGCAUUAUUGGGUUCUUCCACCCAUUUUGCAACGCCGGCGGGGGUGGAGAACGAGUACUUUGGGAGGCUGUUCGCGCUACACAGAAGCGUUGGCCAAAGGCAAUCUGUGCCAUUUACACUGGUGACCAUGAAGCUAACAAGACCACUAUGUUGGAGAGGGUGGAAAAUCGAUUCAACAUCCACUUGCAUCCCCCAAGGGUUGUUUUGCUCUAUCUCACCACACGGAAGUACGUGGUCAGCAACUCGUAUCCGUAUAUGACGUUGCUAGGCCAGUCACUUGGUUCUCUGGUUGUGGCUUAUGAUGCAUUUACACUACUUGUACCUGAUGUAUUCGUUGAUACAAUGGGUUAUGCCUUUACGCUGGCUCUGUCCAAGUGGCUCUUCCCUACAGUACCCGUUGGUGCAUACGUGCAUUAUCCGACUAUCUCAACAGACAUGUUGGCCUCCCUUGACGACCACACAGGCGUGCAAGGUAUCAACUCAGGUGCCGGAAAGGGAUUUAAAGGAACCGUGAAGCGUCGAUACUGGCAACUUUUCGCACAACUGUAUGGUUGGGUGGGACGCCAGGUCGAUGUAGUCAUGUGCAACUCCUCAUGGACAUCAGCGCAUAUCCGCUCGCUCUGGGGCAACGGGAAGAGCAUCAACACCAGUGAAGGUGAUGGAACCCCUUCCUCCCCAGCGGUUGUUUUCCCUCCAACAGCAGUCUCAGAACUCCAGUCGACAAUCACCGUCGAUGCGGAAAGUGAGCGAACCCGUCAACCAGUCCUGCUCUACAUCGCACAGUUUCGACCAGAGAAGAACCACCCACUGGUAUUGCGUUCUUUCGCACGCUUCCUGCAGGAGCGCACCCGUAACCCUGUUUUCGCCAAUACCCCGCCCCCGCGGCUCGUUCUCAUCGGCUCAGUCCGCCAAAACAGCCCCGAUGAAACACAUAUCUACAAUCUAAGGCUCUUGGCUCAUGAACUAAAGAUACGCGACCAUACCACCUUCCUCUGCGAUGCAAGCUGGCCCGCUGUUCUUUCACACUUGGGAACGGCUUCGAUCGGCGUGAACGGCAUGUGGAAUGAGCAUUUCGGUAUCUGUGUCGUCGAGUACCAGGCCGCUGGCCUUAUUUGUGUGACUCAUGAUUCUGGUGGUCCACGUGAGGACAUCGUGAUUGAUCUCGGUGAUGGAGCGACUGGAUUCAGAGCCGAGACAGAGGAACAGUUCGCUGCUGCGUUUGAAGCGGCGCUUGCACUUCCGGUUGAGGAGAAGAUUGCUAUGCGACAGAGAGCGAGACGAUCGGCGUUGCGUUUUACAGAGGAAGAGUUUGGUAAGAAGUGGUUGACUCAGGUUGAGAAGUUGGUUCAGGCGUCGCGGUAG